AUGUUGGGAGACAAGGCUCACGGUGUGACUUUGAAGGUUAUGGAAUACACAUAUGAUGAUGACCUGGAAGAGCUGUGUCCUGUGUGCGGAGACAAAGUGUCUGGAUACCACUACGGUCUGCUCACCUGCGAGAGCUGCAAGGGCUUCUUCAAGAGGACAGUGCAGAACAACAAGAGGUACACAUGUGCGGAGAACCAGGAGUGUAAAAUAGACAAAACUCAGAGGAAGAGAUGUCCUUUCUGUCGCUUCCAGAAGUGCCUCAGCGUCGGGAUGCGGCUAGAAGCGGUGCGCGCAGACCGCAUGCGUGGGGGGAGGAAUAAAUUUGGCCCCAUGUACAAGAGAGACAGGGCCUUGAAGCAGCAGAAGAAGGCUUUGAUACGAUCCAACGGCUUCAAGCUGGAGAGCGCAGCUCCUCCACCGGCCUCUCCUCUGCAGACUGACUAUGGCUUCACCGGCACCCUGCACAGCCUGCCCACCAUCUCCAAAAGCCUGCUCCCCUCCACCCCGAGCUCCAUCACCCCUACAGACUACGAGGCCAACCUCUAUGGACCCCCAUCCCUGGGCAUGGCCAUGCAGUCCCAUGUGCCCCUCACCACUCAGUACCAGUACACAGCUUUCCCCGGCAGGGCGAUUAAAGCAGAGUGUCCCGACUACACCAGCUCCCCUGAGUCUCUGACCGGAUACCCCUACCCAGACAUGUACCCCUCAGCCUCACCGCAGCCACCCAGCCUGCCGCCGCUGGUGCUGGAGCUGCUGCGCUGCGAUCCAGACGAGCUGGUGGUGCAGAAUAAGAUUGUUGCUCACCUGCAGCAGGAGCAGAGCGGUCGGGGCCGGCUGGACAAGCCCACCACCUUCAGCCUAAUGUGUCGCAUGGCAGACCAGACUCUCUUCUCCAUAGUGGAGUGGGCCCGGAGCUGCAUCUUCUUCAAGGAGCUCAGGGUGGGAGAUCAAAUGAAGCUGCUCCAUAACUGCUGGUCUGAACUUCUGGUCCUGGAUCACAUUUUCAGACAAGUGCAACAUAGACAGGAAGACAGUAUCCUGCUGGUGACCGGCCAGGAGGUCGAGCUGUCCUUCAUCCUGUCCCAAGCUGAGACGACUCUGUCCAGUCUGGUGCAGAGGGGUCAGGAGCUGGUGGCGAGGCUGCGGGCCCUGCAGGUGGACCGCAGAGAGAUUGCCUGUCUGAAAUUCCUCCUGCUGUUUAAUCCCAAUGUGAAGCUGCUGGAGGACCAGGCUUUUGUGGAGGGCGUCCAGGAGCAGGUGAAUGGGGCUCUGCUGGAGUACACCCUGUCCACCUACCCACAGUUCCAGGAGAAGUUCAGCCAGCUGGUGGUGCGGCUGCCGGAGCUGCGUUCCCUCAGCACGCAGGCAGAGGACUACCUGUGCUACAAGCAUCUGAGCGGAGAGGUGCCCUGCAACAACCUGCUCAUCGAGAUGCUGCACGCCAAGCGAGCGUGCGUGUGA